AUGCGAGCUGAAAUAGUGCACAAUUUUAUCUGUUUACAGCCCACACCUGUUGACCUGCUUCAACCGAUUGCACCAGUUAGUCAACAACAACCAGAAUUGAUCAACACAAAGCCAUCAGCAAAAUUGGGCGCAACGUGGGCGGACACAUCCGGCGCUAUUAAUAUCAACGUCGACAAUUUGUUGGCACCAAGAUCGCCCAAAGCUGGUCCCGCUCCUUCCAUCAAUCAGCUUAAAUCUAGCCCCAAUAGUCCAGCGCAUAAACCUAAUGUAAACGCUAAUAUGCCUAUACUACCGAAUAUGCCCAGCAUGGCACCGACUAUUCCAAAUAUGGCACCAACCAUGCCCAACAUGAUGCCGUUAAACAACAUGGCGACGGGGCAAAUGUGGCAAACACCUAUGUCCAAUGUUAACAACAAUUUCCCAGUGAACAACAACAUGAGGCCACAGAAUCACAAUUUCCUCCAAUGA